CAAUUAUAUCCUCCAACUGUGAUCCUAACCAAUUAUUCAAAAAUAAGUUAAAUUUAAUUCACAAUUAUUAGUUUUUCCCCUCGUCUUUUUCGUGCUCAAACAUCACACCAACAAUACAUUGACGAUCUAAUUCUUCUUCUUCUUGAACAUAAUAUUUUUGAUUUCUAAAAUCCAAAGAACUCACUUUACACAUUUCAAAAUUUUUUAAAGAGAACUGUUCUUGUCACUUUCUCUCUCUGAUUUUUCAUUUUCUUUAGAAUGGGUUUUUGUGUUAAUCAACGAGACCCGGAGACAAAUCCUCAAGAAAACGAUCAAGAAAGCAAAACUCGUUUGAAAAGAAUGGUUCUUGAUUUGGGUUUUGGUUGUUUCCUUCUUCCUCGAACCAGCUCCCGUGAGGACAACAAAGCUUGGCUCUUGGAAGAAACAGAGCCGAUUCCGAAGCUUAUAGACUCAGAGCCACAUUCGUUGCAGUCUUCAUUUAGGUUUAGUCUUUUCUCGCUAGUGGAGUUGGAGAAGACGAAAAAAGAGCACCCUUCGUCGUCUUAUCGGGAUUUGCCGGUUUCUGAAGGAUCAGAUACGGUUCUGUUUGUGAAUCUGGAGAAUGAGACAGGAGAAUCAAAGGAUGAUAUGAAUUGGUCUAGAGAUGUUUCGUUGGAGAAGAGUAUUUCUCCCGUGACCAAUACUUUGGUCAGAUUCAGCUACAGUGAACUCCUCGCCGCCACGCGCAGUUUCUCAAAACGGAGGGUGUUGGGAAUAGGAGCUUGUAGCUAUGUGUUUAAGGGAAGAAUCGGGAUUUGGCGUAAAGCCGUGGCCAUUAAAAGACUUGAUAAGAAAGAUAAAGAAUCUCCAAAGUCGUUUUGCAGAGAACUGAUGAUUGCAAGCUCUCUUCAUUGCCCUAACGUUGUGCCUUUGCUAGGGUUCUGUAUCGAUCCUGAUCAAGGGCUUUUCUUGGUGUACAAGUAUGUCUCUGGUGGCAGCCUCGAACGCUUUUUGCAUGAUAAAAAGAAGAAGAAAGGAAGGAAGAGCCCUUUGUGUCUGCCUUGGUCAACAAGGUACAAGGUUGCCUUAGGUAUUGCAGAGGCCAUAGCAUAUUUACAUAAUGGUACGGAGCAAUGUGUUGUGCAUAGAGACAUCAAACCCUCAAAUAUUCUUCUUUCCUCAAACAAAAUUCCAAAGUUGUGUGAUUUUGGCCUGGCGACUUGGACCGCUGCACCUUCGGUUCCUUUCCUCUGUAAGACUGUGAAAGGGACUUUUGGCUAUCUAGCUCCUGAGUAUUUCCAACACGGCAAAAUAUCUGAUAAGACCGAUGUUUACGCAUUUGGAGUCGUGUUGCUUGAGCUAAUAACUGGUCGAAAACCAAUUGAAGCAAGAAGACCAUCUGGUGAAGAAAAUUUGGUAGUUUGGGCAAAACCGUUAUUGCAUAGAGGGAUUGAAGCUAUAGAGGAGUUGCUUGAUCCAAGGCUAAAAUGUACAAGAAAAAACACAGCUUCGAUGGAGCGUAUGAUCCGAGCUGCAGCCGCGUGUGUGAUCAAUGAGGAAUCGCGAAGACCGGGUAUGGAGGAGAUACUUUCAAUCUUAAAAGGCAGUGAAGGGAUAGAGCUAAGGACGUUUUCAAGCCGGAAGAAAUCAAACCUUCCGGGUAUAAUGGACUGUUAUCCGCAGUUUCAACGGACAAAAUCCGAGAUGAAGAGUCAUCUUGCUCUUGCCAUGCUGGGAGUACCGGAAUUUGAAGAAGAUGAUCUUUUGUAAUAAACUAAUAAUGAAGGUAACAGUCCGAAAAAAUGGUAAGAAACUUAAUAAACUAUAAGAAAAUGGUACGUACGUACGUGUAGAUAUCAUGUAAAUGUUUACUGAGUAAGCCGGUUUAGAUUUUUAUUCUACCGGUUUGGCUUUUUGAGAGA